UAAACAUAACUGUCACGUGACACAUUGGAUCGUAGUUCAAGAUGGAGUCGAUGCGGUACUAUUUUAUACCUUCUUAGCUACAUUAAUCAACAUAUGGCAAAUUAUAUCAAUGAGUAUUAACGUUCCCAAGUUGAGGACUUACUUUGUAUUUGUUUCGAGCGGUAUGUUAUUUUAUGAAGUUAAGUUAUUUGCCAGUAACUGAAACAUCUGCUAGCUAGCAAUCAGUCACGUGGUUGGAAUGUUCAUUAACGUUCUAUUAAUUUGGAGAUCGAUAUGGCGCAGAGAGUUAAAAAUGUGCCUUCUUGGGUUCCGUACGUUGGCACCAAUGUACUACAGAGGCUCUGCGGCAGCCAUCAUUGUUUACGACAUCACCAAAGAGUGUCCAGAGGUUGAGGAUGAAGAGAAGUCCGAAAGCAAGACGGCAGAUCGGUGCGGACUCGUUCCAGGCAUUGAAAAACUGGAUGAAGGAGCUUCGCCAACACGGCCCUCCCAACAUCGUGGUAGCCAUCGCUGGCAACAAGUGUGACCUGUCCGAUGCCAGGGAGGUCUUGGAGAAGGAUGCCAUGGACUACGCAGACUCCAUCCAUACCAUCUUUGUGGAGACCAGUGCCAAGAACACCAUUAACAUCCAUCAGGUCUUUAUAGAGAUAAGUCAACAGAUCACUGUCCUAUAUGCAGGAGGAGGGGCUGCAGGGAAGGGCUUCAAACUGCACCCCAGACCUGCUGCUGAUGCUGCCAGUGAACCCUGAUCUUAGUCCCACCCUGACUCUUGACCCCUGACGCAAUGACCUUUCUCUGCGUGCAGCCUCCAUAGUCCCUCCAACAGAAUACCACUCCUCCAUCGGGGACCACUGACUCCUACCGCCAUUGCCUCCUCCAUCUAAUCACUCUAAAGAGCAAGCCUAUUGCAAUUCACUGGGAUAUUGCUUCGGCUUGGAUUUUGAAGCUGUCGGUUUGUUUCCUGUCUCCCUAUCCAGACCCCAGAAGGUUCAACCAAAGUUCACAGCCUUUAGUAUUUUGCCUUUUAGGUUCCUCAAGAAGGUCAAUGGAAGUAUCACCCACUCUCUUGCUGUGUUCACUUUGUCCUAUUCCUAUAUAGUGCACUACUUUUGACCAGGGCCCAAAAGUAGUGCACUAUAUAGGGAAAGAGGGUGCCAUUUGAGAUGUAUCCUCAAAGGUUUUCAGCGUAAAAUGUCAAUCUAGCAGUCCAAAGCCACAGCAAUUGCUAUGAUUUGCCCAAGUUAUAAGUGUUCCCUCCCUGCCUGUCUUUUAUAGGUCUUGUAAUAGUUCUGAAAAGAAGAAGAACGUUAACACAGAUUUUAUUUCUGUUUCGAUCUCGUAAACCUCAACACAGGUCCUGGUAUCAUCGGGUUUACAGCAUGCUGUGAUUCUUUUCUUGCGAUGGCUACAGGGUCUAUUUUGUAACCGUAGACAAUAUGGGGGUUAUUUUUAACAUACCUUUACAUUUUCAGUUUCUUCUUAAAAAAUGGCUAGUUAGGCCUGUAUAGAUGUACUUUCUCCACCUCUAAAUGGACUAAUACCAAUCUCUUACUAAAUCAACUAGAGUAAGUCACACUAAGUAUUUUUAUUUUUUUUACACUUAUUUUACCAGGUAAGUUGACUGAACACAUUCUCAUUUACAGCAACAACCUG